AUGGCCGAUCUACGUGCCCUUGUUAAGAGUGAGCAACGUGUGCUGAAUACUCUGGAAGGAUUGGAGACUUUCGCGCGGAGGUACAAUCCCACUCAGGACGAAGCACAACUUGCAGUGCGCCUAGAUUCCCUGGAGUCAAUCUGCAAGGAGUUCUACCGAAUUCGUGAACAAAUUGAGCUGCUAACGGACGAAACCGCUGAAGAUGAGGACGACAAAGAUGUACGAUUGCGCGAAAAGGCCAACCUGGCGGCACUUACCGAGUUCGAGGAGCGGUAUUUUCGUCUGAAGGCCAGUCUCACAUCGAAGCGAGCUCCCCUACCACCAAUCGCGACGACAUCCGGAAUCGGUCAACCUGGUGACCGGUCGGAAUCAUCUUUUUCAAAGGUGAAGCUACCAGAGAUUCGCCUUCCGUCGUUUGGUGGGAGGAUUAAGGAGUGGGUCCCGUUUCGGGACAGCUUUUGCAGCCUGAUCCAUGAGAACAAGCAGCUCAACGACAUGGACAGGUUCAGCUAUUUGAAGUCGGCCCUUUCUGGAGAAGCGUUGCAGGAGAUCGAGUCUGUGGAGCUUUCAGCUGCAAACUAUAGCGCCCACCUCGAUGCUCUUUUCGCCGUGGAAGGCAUGAAACGCGAGAGUUACGACGGCUUGAGCAACCUCAUCAGCGGGUUCGAGAAAAACCUCCAGAUGCUGCAGAAGAUUGGAGAAGAUACCGCUGCGUGGAGCACAAUUCUGGCGUACAUGGUGUAUUCCCGGCUGGAUCCUGCCACGCUACGGCAGUGGGAAACGCAUCACAAUUCUAAGGACGUGCCAACGUACCAGAACAUGCUCGCUUUUCUACGCAGCCAUUGUGCAGUGCUGCAAUCCAUCGCGCCCGCGAGUUCGAAGCCGAGCGGUUCCGAUUAUCGCACAUCGAAGCCAUCCGUGUGCCAUACCACCGUCAAACCGUCGAGGAAGUGCCCAUUCUGUGGAGAUUCGUGGCAUCCCGCUUUCGUCUGUGGAAAGUUCCAGCGGUUGCAGAUUGCGGAGUGGCUAGAAGUUGUUUUGAAGGCAAGGCUGUGCCGAAACUGUCUCAGCCUUGGCCAUUGGGCCCGAUACUGCGACAAGGGAACCUGUCGUCACUGCCAGCAGAAGCACCACACUCUUCUGCAUGGAGCACCAAUCCGAUCCUCCGUUCCACAAUCGCAGUCAAAUCCUCCGACACAAACCAGACAACAGCCACAAUCCUCGCAACCAAGACCGAACCCGAGACCACAGACAUCAAACGCUAGCAACACUACACCCAGCAACUCUCAACGACCGAGCACUCAGUCACCAGCCACCAACACAGCCACAUCCACCACUCAAACACACAUUGCACUCCCAGUUACUCCCACACACAACAUUCUGCUCUCCACCGCCCUUGUGAGGGUCCAAGAUCGUCACGGCAAUACUAUGCUAGCACGAGCCCUGCUGGAUUCGUGUUCCCAGCACUGCCUGAUGACGAAAGAGUUCUCCAGCAGAAUGCAUUUCCACGCGUCGCCAUCACUUCUCUCCGUUCAAGGGAUCGGUUCGUCAAUCAGCACGUCGACGAAACUCGUCAGCGCUGUAGUUCGGCCAAGGUUGGAGGACAUGUCGGCUUUCUCGCAAGAGAUGCAUUUCAACGUUCUCCCGCGGCUGACUGUUUCGCUACCGACAGCCAGUUGUAGCAUCAGCGGAUGGAACCUUCCCGAAGCAGCCUUCCUCGCCGAUCCGCGUUUCCACGAACCAGGACCGGUAGACAUCAUAAUCGGAGCAGAGUAUUACAUGGACCUGCUUCGAAGCGAGCGACACAAGGCGACUGAAGAUGGACCUACGCUACAGAAUACUGAGUUUGGCUGGAUCGUCUCCGGCAAGAUACCCGAUCACCCUGUCGGUGGAUCGCCAUCCUUGACUUUCGUCUGCUCCACGAACGAUCUUCAAGACCAGCUCACGAAGUUCUGGGACCUAGAAACCUGUCAAAGUCACAGUACGCAGUCACUGGAAGAGUCAGCUUGCGAGGCGUACUUCAACCGUACAACCGUACGAGACGAGGCUGGCAGAUUCAUUGUGACCCUGCCGAAGAAGGAGAGUGUAAUCAGUCGACUAGGUUAUUCCGAGACAACAGCGAUCAAGCGACUGAUGGGAAUGGAAAGACGAUUCGCAGCUAAUCCCGAGCUGAAAGCGAUGUACGCCGAGUUCAUUCGCGAAUACCUCGAGCUAGGGCACAUGAAGGAAGUGGAACAAGAUGCUGGAGAAGAAGUCAGGAGGUACUUUCUGCCGCACCACGCAGUUCUGAAACCGGACAGCACGACCACAAAACUGCGAGUGGUUUUUGAUGCUUCGUGCCAGACGUCGACCGGUGUUUCCUUGAACGAUGCGUUGAUGGUUGGUCCCGUCGUGCAGGACGACCUAUCCAGCAUCUGUCUACGGUUCCGAACACACCGCAUAGCCGUGAACGCCGACAUUGCCAAGAUGUACCGUAUGAUCCGAGUCCAGCCCCAAGAUUACCCGUUGCAGAGCAUCAAGUGGCGGAACGAUCCAAGUGAAACGCUUCGAACGUACGAGUUGACUACUGUCACGUACGGCACCUCGUCCGCUCCAUACCUGGCUACAAAAUGCCUACAGCGUCUCGCUGAAGACGGAAAGGCGUCUCACCCCGUAGCGUCUGAAGUCAUCGAGAAAGACUUCUACGUGGACGACAUGCUCACAGGAGUUGACACAGUUGACGAAGGUCGGCAGCUGGUGAAGGAAGUCAUCGAGCUGUCGGAUUCAGCGGGUUUCACGUUACGAAAAUGGAACUCCAACAGCGCGGAGCUUCUCGAAAUCGUCCCGGAGAACUUGCGAGAUGAACGUUCCAUCCUCGCACUAGAUUCCGCCGAAACAGCGAUAAAAACCCUCGGUUUAGCGUGGGAUCCAGCUACAGAUUCUCCGACGUUUCGCGCCUGUUCGAUCCGCUAG